UCAAUUCGACGAUGCUUCGAGCGCUUGUUUUUCUGAUCCUCGUCACGGCUGGUCACGAUUCCUGCGAUUUCAGGCAACGAAGUAAACACGUGGCUGCGGUGGUUUUGGCACGCGGCGGCUCCAAGGGGAUUCCCCUGAAGAACCUGGCGCCGGUCGGCGGACGUAGCCUGCUGCGAAUCUCGCUGGAGGAGGCGCUCUCCGUCGGUUUCGAUAGC